AUGGCUUCCAACGAACUCCCCAAUGUCAAGCUCUUUUGGCUCGAAAAGUCUCGCUCUCAGCGUAUUCUCUGGCUCCUUCAGGAGCUCGGGUUGCCUUAUGAGCUUGAAAUUUUCCACCGCAACAAGCAGACAUUCCUUGCUCCUCCAGAACUUCAAAAGAUUCAUCCUCUGGGAAAGUCGCCCGUGAUCCAGCUCACACCCGCUGGUGCUGAGGCAGGCGCUGAGCCUAUUACCUUGGCUGAGAGUGGCUUCAUCACACAGUACCUCACGGAGAAUGUACCUGAGGGUAAAAGGCUGAUGCCCUCACGAUGGAAGAAGGGUAUGGAGGGCAAGAUUGGAGGUGAGACUGAGAUGUGGAUGAGAUAUCAGUACUACCUUCAUUACUGUGAGGGUACUCUCAUGCCUCCUCUGGUCAUGGGACUUGUUAUCGGCAUGCUCAAAUCCCCAAUGGUUCCGUUUUUCAUCCGCCCCAUCUCAACGAUGCUGGCCAACCGAGUCAUCUCUUCAUUCAUUGCCCCCAAUCUGCAAGUCAACCUGAAGAUGAUUGAGGGUCAUCUGGCCACAUCAGGAGGCAACUACAUCUGCGGUACUUCGCUGACGUCGGCGGAUAUCCUGCUCAGCUUCCCGUUGAUCGCGGCUGAGCCGGAACUUGACAAGUUUGGCACCUUUGAGGGAGAAGAGUCCUGGAAGACCGUGUUCCCCAAGGUGGCAGCGUACGUUGAGAUGAUCAAGAACGAGGAAGGCUAUAAGAAGAGCGUGGAGAAGAUUGUUGAGAUUGAUGGCAAGUUCAAGGCUUCUUUCAAGCCGAUAUCUCAGAUCUUGAACAUGUACGCAUCUCGGACAGUUUGUUCAAGAUGCUCAUCUCAAUGGCGAUCGACCCCGGUCUCAGCUUCAGCCUCGACCAAACGGCUUGGGGCUGCAGCCUCUUAUUCCACUGCAGCUGAGACCAGGUCGCCAGCAUCCUCCAGGCCAAACAAUACAAGCAGGGACUCAAGAUCACGACAUCCAGGUCAGAGAAAAGGAGUCAAUGCCUUCAAAGAAAAUAGGCAACCCGGUGAGGACAUAGCAUUGGCCCUCUUCAAAGAGGUUGUGAGCCCCAAGGAGGUUGAAACUCCCACAGACACAACCUUUUUCAGUACGCCUCUGCCUCAGAGUGAGCUCGAAAUUACCACAUUAAUCAACACCUUGAUAUCACCCAAGGUGCCCAUCGAAAAAAUGUACCGGAUUUUUCAGGAUGAGAUCUGGCCAGGCAUCACAGCACUUGGAGGCCACAUCCCCAAACCAAUUUACACAGCCACGCUUCAACUGCUCGCCAAACAGCGCGACUACAUGCUCGAGAGAGCCGACUACAACAACAGCCUGGACAUAGCACAGAAAUACAGUGCCCUCGGAGUUUAUGACCUGAGCAUCAGGAACGACCUUAUCCUGAGCAUGUGCUGUAGGAUAGUGCAGGUAAAGAACAGCUCAAAGGACCGCUCCGAAAUCAGAAUGAGGAUCCUCAAUUUGUGGAAACAUGUUUCUCAACUCAAGCGGCCCAGCCAAGUUGGCCGGACGCUACGCUUCGCGCUGCCUUCUGCGACAGAAGUCAUGAAGGAUAUCUCUGAGUACAUCAAGAUUGAUGGGUCCAUGUCUCGGGGGGAACAAGCAACUCGUGCGUUGGCCUCUAUAUUCCUCCAAUUCCCGCCUCCACAAGCACAAGAAAUUAUUCCUGCGCUCUUGGCUACUAUGGCUGUUGUAUCCGAUAACAGAUUCGGAGGUGCUUCAUACAAGUCAAUGAUGUCGCCUUUGUUCUUCCUUAUCAAACCUGUGCUAUCAGAGUACAGUAUGACGCAAGCUGGUGUCGAGGCUGCAUUUACCAAGCCUUCUGCUGUCCCUCCUUCAAGGCUCAACGAGCUCAAGGAAUAUGUUGUGAAGCAGUGGCCAAUAGCAGUCAAAAUGAUUAGCGCGGCCCAGAAGGAAACUAUAUUUCACCACGAUCCUGACGCCCACAGAAGUCUCAUGAACUUCCACAGACAGGUACGAACGGCCUACAAAAGGCGUGAUCCAGGCGCUGUCGGCUCCAUCUGGCAUUCAAUGACAGCCAAGCUGCAAGACAGUCCGGCCUUCAAAGCCGAGCUGGCCGAGGACUCCGACUUUCUUGACUUCUGGGCGUUUGUGUGGUGUGCGAUCCGUCGGCCGAUUCAAGCUCAGGAGACGAUCAACCUCAUGAAAUCGCUCAAGCUUGAACCCACAAUUAGGACGUACACGAGCAUGAUGCACGGAUGGAAGAUGUGCAAGGAUAUCAGCAAGAUCGAAAUGCUGUGGGAUCAACUCGUAAAGUCCGGUACGAAGCUGGACAGCGUCAUCUGGACUGAGCGUGUGUCGGCCCUUAUUGAGCUCGGACAACACCAAAAGGGCCUCGAGGCACUCUCGGAAUUGCUAGACAAUUGGCGCCAGGCGGUCAAGGAUGGAACUCAGGACCAGGCUGUGGAGCCCAACAUCGAGACUGUUAACGCUGCCUUCAAGGGCUUACUGCACACAGAUGCCAAGGCGGCGCAUGAGCUGCUAGGUUGGGCUGGAAAGCAAGGCAUUGAACCCAAUACCCGUACAUACAAUAUCCUCAUCCGUGAGACCAUCCGUUUGGGUCACCACGAAGAGAUCAAUCAGCUUCUGCGUUCCAUGCAAGCACAUGGUAUUGAACCUGACUCCGCGACAUUCACCAUUCUUCUCGAAACUGUCAUUGGUAGCAUGCACGAUGCCAGCGCCAAGGAACAAGUCUCUGCCAUAAAGUCCGUCUUCAACGAAAUCGAGCAAGCAGGCCUCAAACCCAAUCUCGAGACGUACGGCAAGGUGCUUUACGCCCUGGACGGUCUCCCCAACUGCUCUGACGAUGUCAUAGCCGCACUGCAGCAGCACAUGCGCGGAAACGGUUUCGGUUCCCGUCUCACUCCGCACAUGAUCACCAUCCUUAUCGAGCGUGCCCUUCGUCAUAACCCUCCGGAUAUGAACAAGAUUCGCUCUCUACUUAAGGAGAACAACCUCACGACAGUCUCCAGCGGUGACCAAACACUAUGGGAGCGCGUUACGGCUGCUCAUGCCAUCAGCGGCAAUGUCAAGGAAGCAAUGGCUAUCUUUGACGAUCUCGCUGCCUCCGGUCGCCCCGUCACGUCACUGCCUUCUCUUACCGAGCUGAUCCAGGCGCUCAUCCAGCAUGGAGACAGAGAGACUGCUCAGAGAGUUGUGGAUGUCGUAGUCAAUCACAAGCUUAAUAACAAAGAUGACAAGGCUGCGAGACAAAGGUACUGGAAGCAUCACUUUUGGUACAUAGCUCAGUACAAUGGUUUGGUGGAUGGUGCGAAGCUGAAGCAGUAUUCUUAUAGGUAG